UUAUUGUUGACAAUGCGUUGGUUCGUAUCCUCAGUGAUCUGUGCCUUUUCUGUGUUUUUGGAUAUCAUGCAGAAGGAAAUCCUAAUAGUGGAGUACAGGAAAUGUACUACUGGAAAGAAAUAAUCUACGAAGAUCCUCCCCUUGACGAUAAUACGUUGAUUGGAAAGUAUCCAUAUCGCUUACCUUAUAACAAUGAUGUUAAUGGAAUUGAAUAUCAUGCUCAAAGUGGAUUAAUGGUGACAAUUGUUGCGCGAAUCCGUCCAGGAGUUCCAUCGACCCUCAAUGCUUUCUGCGCGGCUGAUUAUGAUAAAGGAACUAGUCCACAUAUUUGGGGCUUUCCUAACUACCAAAUGAACACACUGAAAGCUUCGUUUUAUGAUAGCAGAAGUGGAAGAAAUCUAAAAACCUUUGAAGAAUACUCUGCAGGAUACUUCAAUUUCUUCUUUGCUAAUCGAAGUAAUGAAGAGGACAUUGGCAGGAAAGGAAACUUAAAUUCUUAUGCCUACAAUAACUAUGCAAAAGAUUUUAGUAUAGUUAACACGUAUUACCCGAAUGUGGAUAAUUUUUGCAAUCGCCUCUACAUCGUAGACACGGGAACACUUUACUAUUCCCCCAAUGAAAUUUAUUAUGUACAAAAUCCGGCAGUUCUUGUGUUCAGUUUACCUUCAAAUGGAUGUAAAAGCCGACAAUUCCCAAUAGUUCAUCGUGUAGAGAUCCCCAAUCAUCUCUGGAAGAAUCCUGUUGGAUUUGUAUUCAUCACUCCUGAUUAUCAACCAAAAGGAUCUUGCGAUGAUGUAUUCCUCUACAUAGCAAACAUUUUCGAUAAUAGCCUCAUAGUUUAUGACUAUAAACGUGGAGAUUUUUGGUCAUUUACUGAUCCAUCCAUGAAGCCAGUCCUUGCAGAAUCAAACGUAUCCUUUAAGGAUGGCGUGUACUACAUUCCUCUUGGAAUUUCAAAUGUAGCGCUUGGAUGGCCCGAUAAAAAUGGAGAUCGCAAUGCAUAUUUCGUUCCUGCUUCAAGUUUAGCUGAAUACAUUGUAUCCACUAAAGUUCUUAAAAGCUCUAAAAGCGCUUUAUAUAAGGAUAGUUCAGAUGCAUUUACACUGAUUGGCUAUCGUGGGUGCAACACUGAAACCUAUAAGCAAGUUUUUGAUCCAACAACUGGCAUUAUUUCCUUCGGAGAGAUGUUUUCACACAAAAUUCGUUGCUGGAAUACCAGACUACCCCUAAAUCCUGAUACAGUUGGUGUAGUUUUUGAAUCUGAUAAAUUACUCUUUGUUGCUGAAAUUAGUGUAGAUUCAGAGGAAUAUUUAUGGUUUAUAACAAAUUCACUUCCUUAUAUGUUUAAUACUCAAGAUCCACUGAAUGUAACCGAAGUAAAUUCAAGAGUUUUCCGUGUUAAAGUAUAUGAUGCUAUUAAAGGAACUGUUUGUGAUACCUCCACUUUGUACCAUUAAGCUAAAUUAAUUUGUAAUAAAAAUUAACACACAUUUUCCAUGAUAUUUAAUCAGUUUUCUAUUUAAAUAAUUUUUUCUAAUAGCCCAAUAUGUCGCGCGCUUUGAAAUAAACCCUAGUGUGCACAAGACAAAUAUUUUUUAUGAAUUAUUUAUUAAGCAAUGAAUGAAUAAAUAUCUUCUAAAA